AUGAGCCCGUCGGAUGAUCGCCGCUCACCCAUGCCUUUACUGAAAACAUGCCAGACAUGUUUUCAUCUCAAAAUUCGCUGUGAAAAGACGCAGGAUUCUGAUCUAUGCGACCGCUGCCUCAGACUUGGCAAGACGUGUAUUUUCAACCAAGCUCGACGACGCCAAAACGUGAAUCGUCAACGUGAGAAAUUAGGUGCAAAACAUGCCUCGGAUAGAUCGUCCAAAUCACCAGUAAAUCGGCAACAUCAAGCAUGUGAAGGUGAUCAAGAUAUCCUCAACAAAGAUGCUCCACUAGACCCAUUUGAACAGGGUAUCUUGACUUAUGAGCAAGGGCAGCAACUCUUGGGAAUUUUCAGAUGCCGAUUUAUUCCGUACUUUCCUUUUGUUCUCUUCCCUAGUGAUAGUUCUAUCGAAGAACUAAACUCACAGCACCCCUAUGCUUGUCUAGCUAUGCUAGCUGCUGCGUCUUACAACGAUGUAGCUACUCAAGUUGCACUCGGCAACCAAUUCAAGCAGAUAGUUGCAGUGAAGAUGGUCGAGGGUGACUUUAACCAACUUGAUCUACUGCAAGGGCUGCUUAUUCAUGUUGCAUGGGCGCACUAUCAACCAAAACCCAAGCGAUAUAUCCAGCAUCUCCAUCUUAUAACGAGUAUAAUCAGCGAUCUACGCCUCGACAGACCCCGAAAGCCUAAGUUGUGGAGUGCCGAAGGCGGGAGAUAUCAGAAUAAGCCUGAUUGGCAGCCAGAUGAGAUGCGAGCUCUUGCAGGGGCAUACUACUUAUCCUCCUGCUCCUCUAUCAUUCUUCAGAAAUCACGCCAAGUCUUCAACACAACGUAUCUUCUGGCUUGUUGCGAGCAUCUCGCCUCACUAAACCAGUACCCCACUGAUAAGUUCUUGCCUUAUGUGAUACAGGUUCAGACUCUUAUCGAGAAUAUCGAAGACCUUGUCUGCAAAACUGCACCGACUGACAACGGUUUACAAUUUUUCACUGAAAGUCAAGAGAUUACCCAGAAAUGUUCGAAUAUUAAAUCGACACUACCUUUCCCGUUGAGCGAAAGUCCACCGUUGCUUCUUCAGAUACAUAUUCUCGAACUUAUGCUUAGCCAAUCCUCACCACGAGGAACAGCCUUUGGUCUCGACAAGUUUCAGAACCCAUUCCAGGACGAGACGACUCUCAAUGAAUGGUUAUCUACAAGUAUGUCGGCUACCAGAUCCCUCAUCGGGGUCAUUCUAGUCAUGCCUCAGGGCGAAGAAGUAGCCAUGUCCAACAUGGGCUGGAUCAUGAUGAACUGUGCUCUCAAUCUUGCCGUCCGUCUGGAUCUCAUAGCUGCUCGAGGUAGCGUUUCCGGCUUCACUCAACAUCUUCGACGAUUUCUGGAUAUGAAGCAUACCCUUCGUCAACUUGUCCUCCGAUUUGAAGCCGUGCCUGGGCCGGGGGCGCCAUCAGAACAUCCCUUCCACAGCAUAGUAAAGCGCAUACGACGUUUAGAGAACUGGUACCUGUCGCAGGUCGCACAGCAGACAGCUGAGUCGAAUUCGUCCAUAAGCCCUUCUUCUGGCUCACAGCCAUCAAUAUCUCUCAGUGAUCAUACCAGUGGGAUGCCUGUCAGCCUACCGUUGUCGUAUCAAAACUGGAACAUGGGUGGUGGGUCUGAAUGGUAUCAGAAUCCGGACUUGGACAUUAGCACUUUUCUUUUCGCGGACCCAAUCGACUUUCCCAUCAACUUUGCGUGGGCGAGCUAG